GAUAGUUUUUAUAACUUAACUUAAACCAUAUAUAUGUCAAAUGUCAGAUUCUCAUACCGGUUGCAAAUAAUGAGAUAGUUUACGCAAGCGUGUCUUAACUUUGCACCAAUUUUGUGGUGACUGUGAUGUAAUAAAUCUUGUUCCUCUUAUCUGAAAUACCAUGGAUAAAUCAAGAUUUCUUUCUAUGUCAAUGGCGCUCGGAAAAGUGGUCGCAAAAGAUUUUACCAAUCGUGCUAAGGUGGUAGUUCAACUGAACAGAUUCAACCCAUAUAUGAAUUUAUUUUUCCCUGAAGCUGAAACACUGGAGAGUCACGACCCCAGUGAUAAAGCAAAAGUUGGUGACAUAGUUUUACUUCGUAAACUGGACAAACCUAUUCGUCAUGUUGAAACUCAUAAGAUUGAAAGUAUUGUUUACUGUGCUGGUUCAAUUGUGGAUCCUUUGACUGGCCUCAGAGUGGAAAGGGAUAAGUACUUGGAUAUUGAAACAUUAAGUGAAGAAAAAAUAUCCCAAUUACAUGAAGACAUCAAAGAAAUGCAGGUGGUAGAAAAAGUUGCCCAUUAUCCACGGAAAUCAGAGUUCCACUGGGAAAACAAAGACAUUUAUGAGAAAAGGAAAUGAAAACUGAUUGCUGGUAUAUUUUGUGUUCGGAAAACUUUGAAAAACAGUUUGCAGGUGUGCAAAUAAAACAAAAUGCUGCUGUCUAGUGUCUACCUACUU